AAUGGAACCGUCCAACAUAUGGCGGACGUCUACCAUCGUUGGUAGUGUUGUUUCAACAUUUGCAGUUCUUACAGUAAUCAUUGGACUUCCACUGAUGCAUAAUCAUGUUCAGAAAGUAACAACUCUGAUGUUAACAGAGGUAGAGUUGUGUAAGACCGAGUCUCAAGACAUCUGGAAACAAAUGAAAUUCUCUCGCAUGGCACCAAACCGUACCAAACGUCAGUCUCCAUACGGUAACUAUGGAGCUUCAGGGUCAGGAUCCUGCUGUGCUUGUACUCAAGGAUCACCUGGACCACGUGGACAGCCAGGAGACGACGGAGAACCUGGACGUGACGGUUUCCCGGGCAGAGAAGGUGACAAUGGUAUAGCUGGAAAGUAUCUACCAGCUCCACCACCAGGAACCAACGCAUGUCAGAAAUGUCCAACUGGAGCUCCAGGACCACCAGGACUUCCAGGACCAAAAGGACCACGUGGACCAGCAGGAAUUGAGGGUAAACCAGGGAGACUCGGUGAAGACAAUCGUCCAGGACCCCCAGGACCGCCAGGAGUACGUGGAGAACCUGGAUCACCGGGAGAGAAGGGACCAACCGGCGAUCGUGGAAAAGUAUUGAAUGGAGCACCACCAGGUCCUACUGGCCCACCUGGAAAGGUCGGUCCACGUGGAUUGUCUGGCGGAAAAGGACACGAUGGUAAACCAGGACUUGGUGGGCAACCAGGUGUCCGAGGAGCCGUUGGAGCACGUGGAGAUGCUGGAAACCCAGGACUUCCAGGACCACAAGGACCAAAGGGAGAACCAGGAAAUCCAGGAACGUGUCAUCACUGCCAAAACAGAGCACCAGCACCUUCCGAGGCACCAGGAAAAGCUCCACCUCCUCCACAAGACUAUACCCGUCCAGCACCAGAGUCGUAUCCAUCGGCUCCAAAUGGGCAAUAUCUUUGGAUCCAUUAAAUAUUUUGCAUAAUUUUUGACUCAUUGUUUCUCUUUUCGUCUUAUUUUUCGCCGAAUGAUUCGAAUGUGAGACUUGAAAUAUCAUAAAUCUUGUCAGGCA